AUGAUCCCAUCAAGUAAACGAACUAUCGAUACAAUCGGGCGUUGUACUAAUCCGAACGGGUGCAUAACGCAUGAAAAACGUUGCGAUCUAUUCCUAUAUGUUCGUUGGCUUUUGUUUUUUUCUGCGAUACGUCCAAUACCGUUUGAUGAAUUUCUACCGCGGCGCAUGCAUGGACACAGUGUGCUCAUCAAUGUGGUUUUAGAAAUAUUUCUAUACUUAAUGGUGCUUCAUAUAUUGGUGCUCUUCAUCAUUACCAUUUAUCUCAAGUAUGACAAUGGCGAUUUGGAGUUUCUGAUAAGUUGUGGCAUACAAGUGUUGCUCUACCUGUGGGCUAUUCUGAUAAAGGUGACAUUUCGACGAAUAUACCCCGACCUCGUCAAUGGAAUUGUGGAUUUCGUGAAUGAAGAAUACGUAGUACAUUCGGCUUUCGGUUUCACUUAUGUCACCAUGAAAGAGUGUGUGGAUCGGGUCAAUAGAGGUAUAAGAAUCUUCGUUGUUUGCUGUUUCGCAGCUGUAAUAUUUCGUAUCAUUCUACCGAUUAUCUUCAACGAACGUACGUUGCCGCUACCCUGCUGGUACCCUUUGGACUAUGAGGCGCCGAUUAUUUUUCAAAUUGCUUACUUUUUCCAAACUGUAGCUCAAUUGCAACUAUCGGCUGCAUUUUCUAUAAGCAGUGUAUACUUUAUAGCAGUUUGUUUCUUACUCUCCGGACAAUUCGAUGUGUUACAUUGCAGUUUAAAGAAUAUUGUGGCAACGACCUACAUUUAUAUGGGUGCAAGCAGAAAUGAAUUAAUAGAAUUGCGAGAUAAUGAACGUAUACCAGGCGAGGAGAUCAAUGAGUUUUUUGUAGCAAAAGAAUUGCCCUUCGAUCUGGAUGGCUUACCCCAUAUACUAAAUCCAGCUGAUACUGCGAGGACUCGGAAUUUUCGUGAAGCCUUCAAUUACGCUUUAGAGUCCUGCAUCAAUCAACAUCUGUUCAUAUUGAAUGCUCUGCGUAAACUGGAGAGACUCUAUAAUAUGGUUUGGUUCUUCAAAAUGUUUGAGGUCACGCUCGCCGUCUGCAUGUGUACCUUCGAUAUGGUCAAGUCUUCGGGUGGCAAACCUCUUCUGCAAAUAUUUGCGCUGAGCCAGUACGUGUGCUUAGCGCUCUGGGAAAUAUUUAUGAUUUGCUAUGCCGGCGAGAUAAUCUACGUGAAUAGCCAACGCUGUGACGAGGCUCUAAUGCGCAGUCCCUGGUACUUACAUCAUCGUGAGGUACGCAUCGAUAUUUUGUUAUUUUUGAUGAAUGGGCAACGCGCGUUCAAAUUGACGGCUGGAUUUUAUCCGUUGAGAUUGGAGAGGUUUCGUGGGAUUAUCACAACAUCGUUUUCAUUCCUUACUUUACUGCAGAAUAUGGACGAGCGUACCUGAGAUAUUUAUAUUAAUACGGACAACGAAAGAAGAUUAAACUCUAUUACAUUUCAUCUAAUAACUUUUUAGACAAAUGUAUAUUAUGCACCCUUUGACUAGCGACUUGACUAGCGCUUUAUUUAGAAAUGUUCAAUAAAAUAUUGAUCUAUUCAGA